AUGGACGAGUGUCAACCGUUUUUGAGCGGCCCCAACAAAUCCAUCAAGCUGACGCUGGCCGACGGAACACGCCGUGUCCAAGGCUACUGCAAAAGUGUGAUGUGCAAACGUGAAAUGCAGGACAUCAUCGAGUAUAUAUUUGGCAUAAUUGAAAGACUUGACGUCAACGUUGCUAGCAAGGCAAUUACAACGACAAGCAAAUGA